ACUUGCCGCGGCUCCUGCCGGUAGCAGCAGGUGGCCCUGGACUUCCCUGCGACGCUGCUGCCGGUGAGGGCUGCGCGCUCCCUUGCGCUCGGUAGCCCUCUCCGCCCGCCCCUGCCAGGCGGGAUGGAGGCGGAUGGGGACCAGGAGGAGUUGGCCCGGCUGCGCGCGGUCUUUGCCGCCUGCGACGCGAACCGCUCGGGGCGCCUGGAGCGCGAGGAGUUCGGCGCGCUGUGCGCGGAGCUGCGCGUGCGGCCGGCCGACGCCGAGGCGGUGUUCCAGCGGCUGGACGCAGACCGCGACGGCGCCAUCACCUUCCAGGAGUUCGCCAGCGGUUUCCGCGGGGCCAGCCGCGGGGGGCGCCGCUGGGGCUGGGGGCCGCGUCGGCCUGCGCCCGCCGCGCCCGCUGUGGGGUCUGAGACCCGGGACGGCGAGGAGGACGAGGCCGACGGGGACGCCGCGGCUGCGCUGACCGCCUCCCGGCGCCCGGAGAGCCCCGGCCGGGCUUGGCUGGACUUCCAGGAGCGACUUGGGGAGGAAGCCAAUUUCAUCCCCAGAAAAGAACAAGUUAGUACCUUGUAUCAAAACAUCAAUCUUGUGGAGCCAAGACUACUUCAGCCAUAUGAACAUGUUAUAAAGAAUUUUAUUCGUGAGAUCAAACUUCAAAGCACAGAAAUGGAAAACCUGGCCAUUGCAGUGAAGAGAGCCCAGGACAAGGCAGCCAUGCAGUUGAGUGAGUUGGAAGAGGAAAUGGAUCAGAGGAUUCAGGCUGCGGAGCAUAAGACACGGAAAGACGAAAAACGCAAAGCUGAGGAAGCCCUCAGCGACCUCAGGCGUCAGUAUGAAACUGAAGUGGGAGAUCUGCAGGUGACCAUCAAAAAGCUUAAAAAGCUUGAAGAACAAUCAAAACACAUAAGUCAAAAGGAAGAUGUGGCAGCAUUGAAAAAGCAAAUUUACGAUUUAUCCAUGGAAAAUCAGAAAGUUAAGAAAGAUCUUUUAGAAGCACAGACAAACAUCGCCUUUCUUCAGAGUGAAUUAGAUGCUUUGAAAAGUGAUUAUGCUGAUCAGAGUCUGAAUUCUGAAAGAGACCUGGAAAUAAUCCGAGAGUACACAGAAGAUCGAAAUAGUCUUGAGAGACAAAUUGAAAUACUCCAAACAGCUAACCGGAAGCUUCAUGACAGUAAUGAUGGCCUAAGGAGUGCCCUCGAAAACAGUUACAGCAAGUUCAACAGAUCCUUGCGCGUAAAUAACGUAUCACCAGGGAAUACAAUUACUAGAAGCAGUCCCAGAUUCAAUGGUCAUUCUCCUCAAACUCUGGGCUAUGACAGGUCAUCUCGCUCUUCCUACGUAGAUGAGGACUGUGACUCCUUGGCCCUCUGUGAUCCUAUGCAGAGGACCAAUUGUGAAGUUGACAGCUUGCCUGAGAGCUGCUUCGACAGUGGCUUAUCUACCCUGAGGGAUUCCAAUGAGUAUGACUCGGAGGUGGAAUACAAGCUCCAGAGGGGAUUUCAGAGGACACACAGAGCUCAGGAGAGCUUUGGAGGUGAUGCUUCGGACACAGAUGUUCCUGAUAUAAGGGAUGAAGAAACAUACGGUUCGGAAGGUGUGGCUUCUGUCUUAGACUGGAAGCCCCCAGGCUCUGUUAGUGAAGGCAGCAUUGUCAGUUCAUCCAGAAAGCCCAUCUCCGCACUUUCCCCCCAGACAGACCUAGAGGAUGACAGCUAUAAAUCUUCCAGCUCGCAGAAGGCUUACAAGAUUGUGCUUGCCGGGGAUGCUGCAGUGGGGAAGUCUAGUUUCCUCAUGCGACUGUGCAAGAAUGAAUUUCGAGGAAAUACAAGCGCCACCCUGGGAGUUGAUUUCCAAAUGAAAACCCUCAUUGUAGAUGGAGAGCGGACGGUCCUGCAGCUCUGGGACACGGCUGGUCAGGAGAGAUUCAGAAGCAUCGCCAAGUCUUACUUCAGAAGAGCAGAUGGCGUUUUGCUGCUGUAUGACGUGACGUGUGAGAAAAGCUUCCUGAAUGUACGAGAAUGGGUAGAUAUGAUUGAGGAUGCCAGCCCUGAGACUAUUCCUAUCAUGUUGGUAGGAAACAAGGCUGAUCUUCGUGACACUGCCGCUGCAGAGGGACAAAAAUGUGUUCCAGGAUUCUUUGGAGAAAAACUGGCCAUGACCUACGGAGCAUUAUUCUGCGAAACAAGUGCCAAAGAUGGUUCCAAUAUUGUGGAAGCUGUUCUCCAUCUUGCUCGAGAAGUGAAAAAAAGAACAGAUGAGGACGACAGCAAAUCCAUUACCAAUCUGACUGGGACCAGUUCCAAGAAGUCAACACAGAUGAAGAAUUGUUGCAAUGGCUAAAUUCCAAACAUCUUUGGCCUGUGAAGCCUUCAUUUCCCAACCACUGAGUUUGUGUGGCUUGCUAGAAUGGUGCAUCCUACUGAAACUGUCAGAUGGAGGGUUGCGGAGUGGGAAAUCCAGACUGUUCCCUCUGGUCCCCCCAGAACCUCAGCUCUUUUUUGCUGUAUCUCUAAGAGCGACUUGGGCCCUCUGGCUGAGAAGAUGUAUCUUGUCCUUCUGGUUUUAAAAGAUAACAUGUAAUUGUUUUUGAAGUGGUGGGGAAAAAAAAAAUCACAUACUCAAAAGCUAUAGAAGAAACUUGCUGACAUAAUUGGAUUCAUGUGCUGAUGUUGUAUAUAACCUAAGACAAUGUUUACUUAAAAUAUUUCUUACUGGAGUCCUAGUGAAAGGGAGUUCUAAUCCUCGCUUUGUUGUUAACUUAGCUUUGGAUCUUGGACAUGUCACCAGCACAUGUCAGAUCUGUUUCCUCACCUAUAAAACCAGCAACUUGGCCUUGCAGGACUUGGCAUCUCUCAGAUGCGGCAGUACUUUGAGUGGAGCGGGGCAGGGGAGUUGGGGGACUGCAAGGACCAAUGACCCAUAGUUAAUAAGGACUCUGGCUAUUCUUGCUUUUUUAAUAUUGGGGUAUUGAUUUUUAUCACUUCUGCAAUAAGAACAGAAUUUAAUUGAGAAAAUGGAAAAAGAAUGAUCUAUUUUUUAUAAAGAAAACGUAUUUGAGACAAAAAUAUUUCUAUAUAGAAGACGGUAUUUCAUUGUCUCAGAGUACUUACAAAGUCUGUGGUUUAAAUUUAGUGCUAAAAAUUCUAAUGAAAAUGUGUAAAACCACAUACUACUGAAAGUCCAAUGCCCACAAAAGUUGUCACUCAACGCUUAAAAAACAAAAUACACCAGCAAGGGGCUGCCAGGGGCUGGGGAACUGGAAUGGCUGUUGAUGGGUAUGUGGUUUCUUUUGGGGAUGUAGACAAUGUUCUGGAAUUCGAAUAGUGGUGAUGGUUGCCCAACUUUUUGAAUAUAUUAAGAACCACUGAAUUACACUCUUUGAAAGGGUGAAUCUUACGGUAUGUGAAAUGUAUCUUGUUAAAAAUGGUACUAGCACUUAGAAUGAUUUAGCAUUCUGCCAAAUGGAAAUAUUUAUGCUUCUUUCAAACCUUCCCAUGGUUUAAAGGAUAAUCUGUAAUACAAUGCAGAUCCCCUCACUCCAUAGUUGUGAGCAUUAACUUUCUUACAUAAUGAGCAAUGAAAAAAAUACUAUGUGUGGUUUUGAAAAACAUGCCUUCUUCUAUUGAAGACCUCUAAUAUUUUUACUAGAAGUUUGGAUCUAGCCUCCAUAUUUCUACCUUGAUUUCCUAUUUCGUGUUUCAUAGUUUUUGGUCCCAGAAAAGAAAAAAGAAAGAUUACCUUUCUGAUCAAAGAGAGUGCCUUGUUCAUGGAGAAUUGUCCAAAUAAAUGGGGACAGAGGGAUAUUAAAUUUGUGGAACGGUGAAACAAAAGUCGUGCCAUUACUGUUUGCCUCAGUGUCAUCCCUUGAACCCGCAUGAGAUUGAACUUGAUAUAUGUGUUUUGAUAUCUGGGACACAGGUUUGAGUUUUGGUGCAUUUGCACAAAACUGUGUUUGUGUAUGUGUUAUGUUGCCUUUAUUUAUUUCCUCCAAAGUGUCUCUUUAUAUUUAUCUUACAAUCUGUACAUAAGAAUAUACCUUUAAUACAGAAGUAUUACCUUGGUCUUUGCCUCUGGAUUGUACUGUCAGUACACCCAAGUUGAUCAGGAAUUACACAGGUGCCUUUGGUAGACCAAACAAUCAUCUGCAAUUAUUUGAGCCCAGAUAAAUAUUUUGGUAACAUAAUCCAAAGUAGAGAUUUGGAGCUAUGGUUAGCAACUUGUUUAAAGAAAAACUCCUUAAUCAAAUUUAAAGUGUAUUUUCAGUAAGGACAAAAAUAUUAAUGUUUUUAACUUGGACUUAAUUUGAUACAUUUGCAUAGUCCUAGGGAAGUUACUCACCUUUCUAUUUUUCCUUUGAAAGUUUUUAAAGUCACAAUUAUACUGCCAUCUUUUUUUAAUGUAUCCUGAUGCAUUGGAAAAUAUUUUAAUUUCAUUGUGGAAAAUAAUGUUGGAUAAGAAGACAGUUUUCACUAUUAACCUUCAGCCCCAUGCAUUUCCAUAAUUUAUUUUUCCACUUACUGUUUUGUAUGACAUAUGUGACAUUUGAUUAUUUAAUGCUGGAUGUAAUUUGCAUAAACAAUUGUGCAACCCUCCUGCCGAAGAUAAAAUUGAGGUUAAAGAUUUAUUUUCAUAUUUGUACAGCGAUCAGCUUCAGAGUAAUGGUUGUUGUAGGCUUUUAUUGUAUGUGUGCACAAGAAAUUUCAUAUGUAUAUAUUAAGUAGGCCUCUGAGUAUUGAAUAAUUGUUUUAUGAUUUUGAUUUAUAUAGCUUACAUUUUCAUAGUAUGGGCCACAUUUUGUUUAUACUGUUUAUUUCUCUUCAAACCAUUAAUAAUUAUACCAUAAAGUGUAAUUUUUAUAGCAAUGCGAAUGUCUGAGGAACUACAAAUAUUGUCUGUGUUGUAAAUUCAAUAAAGCUUGCUUCUUUUGGC